CCCUUCCCUCUGUCCAAACCGUACAGAAAAAAAAAAAAAAAAAGCUAGUCAGUUGAUCUCUGAAGCAAAAGGCUAUGGCUUCUCUAGCAACUUUAGCUGCUGUUCAACCAGCCACCAUCAAGGGCCUUGGUAGCAGCUCCCUGACAGGAACAAAGCUCUAUGUCAAGCCAACUCGCCAGAGCCUGAGAACCAAAAGCUUCAGGGCGGGUGCGGUGGUGGCAAAGUAUGGUGACAAGAGCGUCUACUUUGAUUUGGAAGACUUGGGGAACACCACUGGACAAUGGGAUUUGUAUGGCUCAGAUGCCCCUUCACCUUACAACCCUCUUCAGAGCAAGUUCUUUGAGACAUUUGCAGCUCCAUUCACCAAGAGGGGUUUAUUGCUCAAAUUCUUGAUCUUGGGAGGUGGUUCCACCCUUGCUUACUUCAGUGCCACUGCUUCGGGUGACAUCCUACCAAUUGUGAAGGGCCCACAACUUCCACCGAAGCCUGGCCCACGUGGCAAGCUCUAAUUUGCUUGCAGAUCCUUUGCUUUCAAGCUUUUCAUUGUAUUUUAACUUCUUUUGAUUUUGGAUAUUGUAAGUAUGUCUAAAGCCUACCUAAGAUCCUUCAUCAACUAUCUAUUUGAAAUGCUAAUCGGCGCAUUGGUUUUA